CUGAACCAAAAUGCUCUAUAGUACAAUUGUUGAGAAAAGGAGGACCCAAUGACACCAUUUGUUCAAUGUGUGGGAAGAACCAGAAGAUAUCAAUCACCUGUUUGUUAAAUGUGGUAAGAGCAGGAUUUGCUGAUCAAAAUUUCAACAGGCAGAUUUCAACCUUGGGCAAUGGUGGGAAACUAUUUGUCAGAAUAGAAAGGCAACGCUCAUCAAAGAAAGACUUUCUCUAUUAGCCUGUCUCAUGUGGAGGAUAUGGAAAGGGAGAAAUGGGGUCAUUUUCAAGAAGGAAAGACAAAUCUACUCCUCUUCUAAAGCCAACAUGGCUAGAGAACAGCAAUAAGGAGACACUAUAUCAGACUUAAAUCAGCAAAAAGUAAGGCACUUCUGCAAAUACCAGAUAUCAUCGAUGAGAACACUAGACACACCUACAGCCGCACAAGGUUUCUUAAUAUUCUUCAGCACCUCCACUAUCUUACACUUCUGCAAACAUCUCGUGCGCUCAGCCCGUCGCCGCUCACUCUCACCAUCAAACGCUCAGCCCGCCGCUCGCUUGCUGCUCACCGUCCGACGCGUGCUCGACGUUCCACCGGCUUCCUCGGUCAGGAUGAUUGGUGACAAGGGACGUUUUCAUUUUGACUGUAGUAGUUCAAGGCCUCAAUUAUAAUUCCAAAACAGCUUGUUACAACUCACAAUGGCGGGCACGUCAUCAGCGUCAACUUCACUGAAAGAGUAUCUCAAGAAGUACACAACUACCGAAGAUAAGGUGAAAAAAAAGAAAAAGGCUAAACAGGGUGCGGCAACCAGAGUUCUUGUCGUGGAUGAAGAUCCCAUUUGGCAAAAGCCUGUCAAACCCGACGAUGAAGAAAAAGACUCGGCAGAUGAAGAGAUGCCUCAAGUUGAUGAGGACAUUGAAGUCAAGCGUAUGAGGAGACUGGAGCAGCUCAGGUCCAAACGACCUGUUGGUGUCCUUUCUGAGGAUGGAAGUGGCUGGGUUUCUGUAUCCAGUAUCCCCAGUACUGUGAAAGCCAAAGAUCAAAAUGCUGAUAUUUCCCCACCUCGCAAAAGGAGGCUUAGGAAUGAUACUCCGUCACCCACGCCUGGACAAAAAGCAGGCCACAUGUCAGCAGGUUCUGAUUCAUCUCCACCACGAAAGUCAAGCAGGCGUUACAGAAGCCCUUCACCAUAUGUAGAACCAAAGGUGAUGAAUUCAGAUAUUUCUCCUCUUCGACGUGCUCGUCCUGACUCAUCCGAUCUUUCGCCUCCGAGGAAGUUGAAGAAUGAGAGGUCGAGUUCAAUUGUCCGUGUAAAGAAGCCAGUUCACAAUGCCAGUUCACCACAUGUAGAACCUAAGGUGAUGGACCUUUCUCCUCCGAGAAGGCGGAAAGAAUCACCCACAUCUUCACAUCAUCCCAGGACUGGUUUAGUUUCGGGUAGAGAUAUCAAAGAUGAAAUUGAUAAAACAAAAAAGGAUGAUUGGUUGAGGUUUAGUGCUUUAGAUCCUUCAGUAAGUGGUCGUGAUGCCGAACCUGUAUACCGCGACAAAAAAACUGGGAAACGCAUGUCAAAGGAAGAGUUUCUCGAGUCCCAUAAAAAGGAGUUGAAGAAAGAUGAGAAGCCCAAGGAAAUACACCUGGAAUGGGGCAAGGGGUUGGCGCAGAAACGGGAAGCUGAAGCUAGAUUGGAAGAAAUGGCUGACGAGAAGAAUAAACCAUUUGCUAGGAGCAGGGAUGACCCAGAUCUGGACUCAAUGCUGAAAGAAAGAGUUAGAUGGGGCGAUCCCAUGGCUCAUUUAGUCAAGAAAAAGCAUGUGGAGCCUAUCGUGCGGGAUCUAGGGGACGGAGAUGAGAUGAAAGAGAGCGGUUUUAUAAUUCCACAGGAGAUUCCUAGCCACAGCUGGUUAAGAAGAGGAAUUGAUGCUGCGCCCAACCGCUAUGGAAUAAAACCGGGCAGGCACUGGGAUGGUGUCGACCGUAGCAAUGGGUAUGAGAAGGAGAUGUUUAAGAGGAUGAAUGAGAAGAGAGCAACUGAGAGAGAGGCUUAUCUCUGGUCUGUUUCCGACAUGUGAGUUUUGGAGACUACCUUGAAGAAAAUUGAUGAUAAUCCAAUGGUGAGAUUCCAUAGCAAAUUCAAUAUGGUUAAGGANCAACGAAGACAUUUGGCGUUUUUAUUUUUUUAUUUUUAUUUUUUGGAAAAAGAG